CAACAUUCAAGAUUGCAAGUUGUUCAAGAUCUCAGCCUUUCGACAACAACAACUUCUUCGUCCACUUCACUCACCCUGCCUCCAACUCACGAUCGCAAACAUGUCGGACGAUAACAAGAUGCGCAUGUUCAAAGCGAUGGACAGAGAGAUGCACAUCCUCGCACACAGCAGCAACGACGACAAUGAUAACAAAGAGAAAUCAGAAGAGAUCGCGCACACACUGCUUGCCUACCCAGAACUCCCGCUAGGUCUGCGCUGUCGCGCACUCCUCGUCCUCGGCACAAGCGAUGGCCCGGGGUACGUUGAGUGGGCGAGGGAGGCCGUCCGUAUCGCGGAGCUCGCCAUGUCUUUACCAGGCUCGGCUCCCCCGACUGAAGGCGAUCAUAAACUUCUUCGAGAUUGCAGGCUCGUUUUGAAGGAGGCUGAAGAAGAUUUCGUGAAGUAUGGCGGAUAUCCGGACGAGGAGGACGAGGGAGAUGGAGAUGGAGAUGGAGGAGAGAAGGAUGAAGCUGGAGAUGGGGAUGAUGAGGGUGAAGAUGGAGAGGGAGGAGUUUCGGGCGAUAAGGCAAAGUCAGCGUCGGAGGAUGCAGAUUCGGAGGAGAAGUAGCAUUGCUGCGGGCGUUCCGCGCAUGCAGCAUGCAUGUAGUUAGAUGGUUGGAUCGCCAGCGAGGUG